GCGGCUGACGCGCAGCGCCACCCACUCGCCCAGCCCCGCCCACUAACGACGACGUCCCGCCCCUCGUGCUCAUCACCAUGGCAGCGGAGAUCGUCUGGUGGAACAUUACAUACAUCAUGAAGACCAGGAUUAAUAAAAACUUUUGGAGGAAUCGCUGGAAUGCAGUAACGCCUAUCGCAAGUCCAGUAGACACGGUGAAUCUUACCACAGCGAUGGACAACUUGCAUAUUGAAAGUGCACACAAUAACUUCUUCUUUGGCUCCGGAUUGAUGAAUGCACAGGAGUGCUGGAAAUGCUUUUGGAAAGGGAAAACUUGCAAAGAAGGUUCAAAGAAGAAAGAAAUUUUGGCUUGCAUAAAAUUACCCGGUGUGAAUGCGAAGAAACUUGGUUAUUUCCAGAUCCAAUUUUACGACUAUUUGCUAAACAUUUUCUUAAUUAAUAAAAUACGUAAAUAAUUG